AUUGAAUUUCACUGCGAGAGAAACAGUGAGACAGAGUCAGGCAAGAGACCCUGCAGCAGAAAUCCAUUCAACAGCACUAGGAUGAAGAUGAACACUGUAACUGUGCUCGUCAUGCUUCUGUGUGUUAUUGCCACGCAAGGAAUUCCCAUUGUGGGAACCAGUGCUCACUGUCUCUGUAUUCAGACAACUUCCAGAUUUAUAAAACUGCAGAAUAUCCAGAGUCUGGAGUAUAUUCCCAGAAGAAGUGGCUGUGAGUCAACAGAGAUAAUUGUUACCCUGAAAAGCAACAGAAAAGUGUGUGUGAAUCCUGAUGCCAAGUGGGUGAAGGUUGUUAUUGCCCGAAGAGAGGCCAGAAUGCGCAGUCGAAAUAUGAAGCCGUGAAGUGAUGGGGCUGAUUGCACAUCUGGAUAAGUUGAGAAAUGUGGAGUUGAGUGAUGGAGAAGCUUUACAAAGGAUCAGAACAAUUGAAGUCAUUCUAUUACUUUGCUUUCUAUCCGAAUCAAAAUCUGACUUCUCUAGCAUGCUGAAAAGUUUUACACACAGUGAUUGUUUUGAAAUAAGAUCCUUAUGAAAUAUGAAGUACUCCCACUUCCUGCACACUCAGUGAAGGAGACCUUAUAUGUAGGUUAAGGUUUAUUGUGUUAUCAUGUUUCUAUACUAUAGCACAUUCGUGAGUUGAUCUAUUAUAGAAAUUCAUCAGUUUUGAACACUGCACAACCCCGUUAAAUUAUUUAUUUUCAGUAAGCUAUGAAGUUCUGCAUGGAAAGAGAUGGUAAUUCUGACUCUAUGAAAGAUUUUCUGGGAUGAGGUGAACAGAUUGAGACUUUUUAAAUUUGGAAAAGUUCAGUUGUGAUAAAUGUCAAAAGUUCAAUGAUUCCACUCCAGGGAAUUUUCAUGUAGUGGUAGAAACCUUUUUCUGGCUGAUUAUUUUUUCCACUCAUUAUGACAAGUAUAUGAUAUACAUGAAUGAGAAAUGUAAAUCUAUUCGAUAGAUUUUGUGGGCAGCGAAAAUAGGAUAAUUUCAGGCAUCAGCAUUCUCUGUAUUGAUAGCAUACAGACAGGAUGUCAGAUGUCAGUCAUACAACAGCUGAAAUUACUGGCAUCCCUGGAAAUAUUGUUUAAAAAUCAGCUUGAGGAAUUGUUCAGAUCCCAGGCCCCUUCAGCCCCUCAGUAGUUAUUGGAUCUAUCAGUACAAGAGGAUGAACUUGAACUUUCCAGUUAAGUAGUUUUCUUUCUAUAAGCAUAUUAAAAUGCUCAGAAAUGGAUUUGGUAUAAGCUAUCUGGACAAUUAUAAAGUACAUUUCUGCCUUUCAAAAUACUUGUAGAUGUGCUGCUACAAUGUUAUGUGUUUUCUAUUUCAUUUACAAACCAAAUUUGAAGUGCUUUCUUCUGUCUUAAAACAAAGAAAAUUGUUACUAUUCUCUGUAGAUACAUUUGAUAACAAAAACAGUUUUAUUUUAGUUCUUGAUCGAGAUAUUUUUCCAAUUUGAAAGAUUAUUUUUAACUUCAAAUAACAAGAACCCAUUGCAUGAUGUUCAGACUGAAACUAUUUGGUCAAGUAAAAUAUAGUAUUAGAACUUUGCAAAUGGAAAUUAAUUAUGGAUAUGAGACUGUAUGUAAAUAGUAGUGCUCUUUACUGUGUGGUAUUAAUUGCAAGAAAUAGCAUUGUAAAAAUAAAUUUGCUAUCUUC